GGCGCUGGAGCAAGAGCAGCACUGCCGUCAGUCCACUCUCUACAGCCGGACAAUCCACUCCUCCAGCGGGCUCAGAAGCGCUCCAGCCCCGGGCAAACCAGAACCCUUCCCCCGGACUGACGAACCGAACCGGCGGGGACACGUUUCACCGGAUUGUUUGCACUAACCCCGGUCGUUAUAUGAAGGAAAAAGUGUAGAGGAUGGGUUUCUCCUGUCGUGCCCUUGUCUCCUUGAUUUGAGAAUGUGAGGUCUUCCCAGAGGCUGUGUUCAAGCGCUUCUCCAGGGCACCAGCCUAUUUUCUGCUGUGCUGCUGCUGCUGAAGACACCACUCUCUAAUCUCAUGUAAAGCGGGAAGUGGGGGUCCAGCUGAGGACUGACCGGGGGAGGAAUGUCGGUAUGACGACCACUGCUUCUUGGUGACUGGAAAACAGGUGAGCUGUGAGGAUGCGCUGCCUGGCCGCUCGGGUCAACUACAAGACCCUCAUCAUCAUCUGCGCCCUCUUCACCCUCAUCACUGUACUCCUGUGGAACCGAUGCACCACCCACACCUCGCUGCGCUUCCUCCCUCGCAACGCCGUAGCUGCCGUGCCCCCCAGUCCCAGAGAGGGAGGGGGUGGAGCCAGCAUCAGCAGCCAGCAGCAACCACCCCAGCCCCCCGAGCCCCCUCCUGUGGUCGGGGCGGCAGCGGCAGGGAGCAGAUUUGAGGAGAUCGACUGUCUGAUCAACGAUGAGGCUACGGUGAAAGGCAGGCGGGAGGGUGCUGAAGUCUACUUCCCCUUCAGCUGGAUGGAGAAGUACUUCGAGGUGUAUGGCAAAGUAGUGCAGUACGACGGCUAUGAGCGCUUCGAGUUCCAGCACAGCUACUCUAAAGUAUAUGCGCAGAGAGAGCCCUACCAUCCCAACGGGGUUUUCAUGUCCUUCGAAGGAUACAACGUGGAGGUCCGCGAUCGAGUCAAGUGUAUCAGCGGAGUGGAAGGCGUGCCGCUCUCCACCCAGUGGGGUCCUCAGGGUUACUUCUAUGCCAUCCAGAUUGCCCAAUAUGGACUGAGCCACUACAGCAAGAACCUGACUGAGAGGGCGCCCCAUGUGGAGGUGUACGAUACUGCAGAGGAGCAUGACAGUCGGGCUAGCUCUGCCCCCUGGACCGUCCCAAAGGGGUGUGGCCUGAGUCGAGUCUUUGAGAAGAGCAGAUACACCACAGUGCGCCAGUUCAACGCUCCAGACUCUUCUGAGGGUGUGGCUCUGCAGCUGGGGAACUCCAAAGACUUCAUCCUGAGUCUGGACCUGAAGUUCAGCUCCAAUGGCAGUGUGUCUGUGGUCCUGGAGACCACUGAGAAGGGCCCCCCAUUCACCAUCCAUUAUGUGACCAGCAGCCAGCUCAUUACCUUCAGGGACCAUGACAUCACCUACGGCAUUGGACCCCGCACCGCCUGGAGCACCCUGACCAGAGACCUGCUCACAGACUUGAGGAAGGGCGUGGGGCUGUCCAACACCAAGGCUGUCAAGGCCACCAAGAUCAUGCCAAGGCGGGUGCUGCGUCUGGUCCUCCACGGCCGUGGCUCUGUGGACAAUGUGACCAUCUCCACCACAGCUCAUAUGGCGGCCUUCUUCGCUGCCAGUGACUGGUUAGUGAGGAACCAGGACGAGCGUGGGGGCUGGCCCAUCAUGGUGACCCGUAAGCUGGGGGAUGGGUUCAGACCUCUGGAGCCCGGGUGGUACUCUGCCAUGGCCCAGGGCCAGGCCAUGUCCACCCUGGUACGGGCCUAUCUGCUGACUAAAGACCAGAGCUACCUGAACUCUGCUCUCAAAGCAGUGGGGCCCUACAAGGUGCCGUCUGCACAGCACGGGGUCAAAGCAGUCUUCAUGAACAAAUACGACUGGUAUGAGGAGUACCCCACCACCCCUGGCUCCUUCGUGCUAAAUGGCUUCAUCUACUCUCUGCUUGGGCUGUACGAUGUGACAGAGACCGCUGGGGAGAGGGGGGCAGAGGCAGCUCAGCUCUUCAGCAGAGGCAUGGACUCUCUGAAGGCCAUGCUCCCGCUGUACGACACAGGCUCAGGCAGCAUCUACGACCUGAGACACUUCAUCUUAGGCACUGCCCCCAACCUGGCCCGCUGGGACUACCACACCACACACAUCAACCAGCUGCAGCUGCUCGCCUCCAUCGACAAUGCCCCCAUCUUCAAGGAUGUGGUCAGGCGAUGGAAAGGCUAUUUAAAAGGGAUCCGGGCCAAGCACAACUAGAUUGUCCUCCAGAGAGCAGACGGCAGUGGGCGCCCCUGGCAGCAGAUAGGCUGUGGUAGGCUCAUACAGAGCCAGUCAGAGCUGGGGUUUGUACUGUGACAAGCCUAGUGUAGUGUCUUCUGUGAGACUAUGGGAGGGCAUCAUGGUUGCAUCAGAUUUCAUUUUCAUCUUUGUUUGCGGUGAUCUUUCAGAUUGUAUUUUUUACAAAUGAAAACAAUAUUUACAUAGAUUAUUAAAAUCAGGAACACUGUAAAUAAGAGUAAAUAAAUUAUGAAUUAUCAGUAGGAGAAUGUUGCCAAAAAUCCUCUAACAAAAUACUUUCAUUUUCCAUAAAUGAUAAAUUGGUUUUGUUCACAUUGCACCAAAUCCCUCCUCAUAUCACAAAUAGUGGGACAGUGAAUGUUUCAGUGGAACACAGAUGCAUGGUCCCAAGCACAGGCGUGCUCUGUGUCUUCAGGUAUGGCUUAUGAGGGAGGAGUUCUCAUGUUAUUUUUAUCAAUAAGUGUUACAGCAGAGUGAAUAUUUGCGUUUACUAUCAGUACUUUAUGUUCUCUAGGUGAUGGUCAUAGACUUGUCACACACUUUGGACGGGGCAUUUGAUUUCUACCUGUUGGUAGGCCACUAUUUACACAUAACCUAAAUCAUGACCUAAAUGAUAAUCCUGUGAUAUUUCUACUAUAGCAGAGUCCAGCAGAUCUGAGAAAAGGGACAUAGUACAUACUUUGUUGUAUUUGGAAGACAAUUCAUUUUAAAGUAACUUUUUUCUUUAUUUGUUAUUUCGACAUUAAAUUACCCCCUUUUGCAUAAUUAUCCUUGUUAAAACCUUAAAAUCAGAAAGAAAUCAGAUCACAUUUAACUGUUUAUGUGACAUUUCAAUAAUCCCAUAACUCCAGAAAUCAUGUACCACAGAUAACUGAACCUCCAUUUUGAAAUAAUAUUUGCCCAAAAGACAGAAUAUGAAGGGACAUCCUCUGUACACAACACAAUGUCAACUUGGCACAAGUUCCACCAUCCAAACCAGGGCUGCACAAAAUAUUGUAAAAGUAUUGAUAUUGCAGUAUUGAACAGUCUUUUCCUCUGAAUCAGCACCACUACACAAGCCUUUUCUGUCUUAAGAGAAGCCCUGAUCUUCACCAGGAGGAAGACUGGCCUGGACUAAACUGCACAUAGGUUUUGUUCAUGUGAGCUCUUCAUAGGGCUGCCAAAAGUAUUGAAAAUCAGUUACAAAUUGAUACUAAAACUAGUACUGACACUAGAUACUCAUUUGAGGAGGUAUCAUUACUAAAAAGUCACAUUCACAGGACAGAAAUGACCCUUUCCUGAAUAGCUUUACAAUGAUCUUGAGCUCAGAAAAAGUACAAGACUAGAAUACGCCCAUGGACCACUAGGGAACCCACUUGGACGACUGAAGGAUUACAGACAUAAGGCCACGUGGUAAUAUAAAACAAAGUACUACCAUUUAAUGUUGAAAGAAUCAAUAUUGAGUAUCAGGUCUAUUCCUUAGUUUUGAAAUGGAGGUUGAAAUUUUAGUAUCGAGACAUCACUAGCUCUUCACAUGUAGUAACAUGGAGGUGGUGGCGGCCAAAUACAUUUUUCCCUUGUAUUGAUCAAACCCGAUUUUUCAGUUUUAUUUUAUUUUUGAUUAUUAAAAAUGCAUAAAAUGUCUUCUAUUGAUAAUGUACAUACAAUUAACUAGAGACAUUUAUUAGUGCCAUUUAGUACAUAAAAUAGUCACAUUUCAUUCUCAAGAGUCUUGUAUCUGCUCCAACCCACAGGCUUUUUCUGACAGCAGAUUGGCUCUAGACCUCUCUAUUAAAAACACCCAAGCUGAUCAUUAGCUGACCAUUUCAAACUUGGAUUUUGAUUUGGUCAAAAUUUCACUUGCACAGCCCUGGUUCUGCUUCUCAGUGGCUCCGUGACUAGCUCUCCUGACUCACAUUUUACAAUCUGAAAGCUUGCAAUCGUGGUAAAUAUAAGAAUGCUAAAGUCUAUUGUAAUGCAUUUAAAUUUAAAUGUAUGUGAUUGGCCUGGGUAGGCGGUUACAUGUUACUCUAUUGUAGAACUGAUGUUUACCAAAGUGUAGGAAUCAGUGAAACUUGUGAAUGGACAUAGACAUAAACACUGCCCUAUGGAACAUGACGUGUAGAGGGUUUAUUACAAACACUACAGUGAUGUGAUUGUGAAAUGUGCUUAUUAAAUGAUUGUGUGCAGCUGGUGGAUGUAUCAGAGACCUGGAAAUCAUCUCAGUCAUAAAUUCACUUUUUGGGGGUUAUUUGAACAAACUGUAGACUUGGUUGUUGGGCCCAGUUCCCUGAAAACAUCCACUCUGUUUCAGAGGUUAGCCUUAGCGAGCGAUGUUUCAUGUAUGAAUGUGUGCUAGAGGAUGUAUUCAUAAGAAAGGGGUAUUCCAUUGAUACUUUGCAGUGACAUCACACUGGGAGUGUUCCACAUACAUCUCUAUGGUGAAAUGUUCAGCAGUUACCAUGGUAACACAAUGCACACAUUAGCAAACACUGUCAAAAAACAUUUUAAGAUAGUUUGAAAACUCAAAAAAAAAAAAAAUACAAAAUUGAUUUACUUCAGAAAAAAAUACAAAAUGGAUUUAAGCCAGUGAUCAAUACGUGUGUCCAUGGUCCCGUUUCGGUGUUUGAUUUUCAACAAAAAUUUGAGUGACUGUCUUAAAAUCUGUUGGGUAAUGCUAGCUUGUGACUGUGUUAUUUGAGGGACUUGUUUAACAGCACAAAUCAUCUCACCUGUUGUAUUUUCAGACAGAGCAGAUCUUACAGUUUGCGUUUUGCGUCACACCCCACGGCAAUGUUGAUGACAUCGGCUGCAAAGUAUCAAUUACAUUCUUUAUACUUUUAUUUUAUUUUAAAUGAGUUGAGAUUAGUGAGGUUUUGUUAGAUAGACAAAAGCACAAAUAUUGUUUCUUGUAGAAGGUGUAGGAUGUGGAGUAGAGCUGCUAUCACCUCACUGUGUCCCAGCCCACAGAGCUUCACUUCUGACUUGAGUUCUUUAGAGUUCCUCAGUUGUUCCUCUGAUAGACUCACUGGGGCCGGCGCCCCCUGGUGGACUUAUGCAAUAACUGUUUACGGUUCGGGGCUGUGACUGCAGACACAGACUGCUACAAGCACAAUGUGCAACUCCACCUUUUUAGUCCCAGAGUCUUUCUAUCUUUGUGCUUUAAAGGCUUUUUCAGAUGUCAAUAAAAGCAUUUUCUUAAA